AUGGGGGAGGUAAAGAGCGUCUCCAGAUUCCGCAGGAAGUUUGGGGUUCAGGGCACCGCCCCUGAAAGUCCUGUCCGGGUCCUGUUGGCCACGCUUCCACCCUGCUGCUUACUAACAGAUGCUGCUACUGAUCUUGAUCAUAUCACAGGUCUUCAGGACGACUCAAAUAGAGGCAACAGCAAAGAUGCCAAUUUUUCAGCAUCCUCCUCCUUGAGAAUCAUCCUGGUGGGCAAAUCGGGCGUUGGGAAAAGUGCCACGGGAAAUAGCAUCCUUGGCCGGAUGGAGUUCACGUCCAAACUGGAGGCCAAGUGUGUGACCAAGAAAUGCCAGCAGGCCAGGGGCACUUGGAAUGGGAGGAGCAUCCUGGUGGUGGACACGCCCCCCAUCUUUGAGGACAUGCCCCCCACCCAAGACUGGUACCAGGACAUCGGGGACUGCUACCUGCUCUCUGCUCCGGGGCCCCACGUGCUGCUGCUGGUCACCCAGCUGGGCCGCUUCACUGCCCAGGACAUCAUUGCUGUGAGGAGAGUGAAGGAGGUCUUUGGGGCAGAAGCCAUGAGACAUGUGAUCGUCCUCUUCACCCGCAAGGAGGACCUAGAGGGCGAGCCCCUGGCUCAGUACCUGGCUAAUGUGGACAAUGCGGGGCUGAGCAGGCUGCUGCGGGAGUGUGGGAGAAGGUUCUGUGCCUUUGACAACAGGGCCACUGGGGACCAGCAGCGCCAGCAGCUGGAGCAACUCAUGGCCCAGGUGGAGAGUCUGGAGAGGGAGCUCCAGGGCGCCUUCCUCAGCACCCUGCUCUCCCAGGAGGCACAGCUGCUGCUGCAGCAGAAGAACGGAGGUGGUGAGUGCUCAGAAGAGCACAGGCGCUACCUAGGCCUGGUACAGAGGGAGCUGAAGAAGCAGAGGCAAGACCUCAGUGAGGCCCAGGACAACUGCUUGAGGCACAGACUGCGUAGACUCUCCCACUGGAUGGUUUCUCACCUUUGGAUUUUUAUUCUUCUUGUCUGCAUUUUAAUUUUUCUGGUCAUUUUCAUUGACUUUGGCAUCCCUCGUGGGAACUGAUUAUCUCUGCGGUUUUGUUCAGAAUCACUCUCUGUUUGCAGGCCCUGGAUUUGUUUUUACACCAUUUCAUUUUAUUCUCUCUUGUCUGGCAUCCAUUUUACUCUCACACUUUUUAUUGACUUUUUAAUGUCAAUAAAACUGAAAGAAGGAAAGUCUCUGUUAUUUUGUUCCUUUGUGAAGUUAUAUAAGACAUGAACAGGAACCUGUCCUGAA